UAUAAAGUACUUAUUUGUUUAUUAUUUAUUGUAAAAGUUUAUAAUAAUAUAAUUUUAUUAUAAUCAUGAAAUUACAAUUAAUUGUGGUUGAAACUGGUGAACGAUGGAAAAGAGCUUUAUUUAGAAUGGUAUUGGAUCCAAAAACGCACAAUGAAUAUGGUACAAUAUCAAACAAUAAUAAUGAACAACAUCAACAACAACAACAACAACAACAAGAUAAACAAGAUAAUGUUAUAAUAACAAUACAAGAUAAUAUUAAUAAACAACAAGAUAAUAAUUAUAAAAAUAAAAGUAUUGAAAAUAAAAGAUUAAGAAUGAAUGAUUUACAUCAUCAAAGAGAACCAUUAUUAAAUAAUUAUAAUGAUAAUGAUAAUGAUAAUGAUGAUGAAAUAAUAUCAGAUUUAGAUGAUUCAUCAUCAGAUCAUGAUAAUCAUCAUCAAUUACAAUUAAAUGAUAAUAAUUGUUUAUGUUUAUGUACAUGUUCUGAUCAAGAUAAUGAUGAUCAUAAUAUAAUUAUUAAUAAUGAUGAUGAUGAUCAUAUAAAUAUUAUAAAUAAACAACAACAACAUAAUAAACAUAAUAAUGUUAUUAAAUGUAAACAAUGUUGUUCACAUAAUUAUAAACAACAUAAUUAUCAUCAUAAUAAAUAUAAAAAAGGUAAUUCAAGUGGUGAUAAUGGUAGUGGUAGUGGUAACAUUGGUACAAGUACAAGUACAAGUACAACUGGUACAAGUUUAUUAAAAUUAAAUAAUAAUAAAAAUAAUUGGUUAACAUCAACAGCUAAAAGUUUAUUUAGUUCUAUUAAUGAAACAAAAAAUAAUACAACAACAACAACAAGAUCUAGAUCUAAUAAAUUAAAUAAAUCUAAAUCAACAACAAUACAACAACAACAACAACAACAACAACAAUCAAUUGAUAAUGAUGAUAAUAAAUAUAAUAAAUAUAAUAAUUUAAAUAGCACAAAUUUAUUAUUACCAACAUUUAAUAAAUUAUCUAAUAAUAUUCAUAAUAAUAACAAUAAUAAUAAUAAUAAUGGAGGAGGAGCUGGAACAGGUACACAAGGUAGUAAACAUAAUUCAACAAAUAAUUAUUUAAUAUCAUCAACAAAUAAUGUAAAUGAUCAAGAUAAUGAUCAUCAUCAAGAUAAUGAUGAUGAUUCAAAUACAAUUAUUAAAAUUGAUAUGCCAUCACCAAUACGUACAAGUAAUACAAGUAAUCUAAUUAAUAAUAAUAAUAAUGGUACAGGAAGUAACAGUGGUAAUGAUAGUUGUUUAUUAACAACAUCAAUAACAACAAGAAGAACAAGAUAUCCAAAAGAGAUCUAUAAAACAUGUAUAGCAGCAUUAAUAAUGAUUGUAAAUUUUAUAUUAACAACAAUAUCAUUAGCAUUAGUACAUGAACGUGUACCAGAUCGUACACAAUAUGGACCAUUACCAGAUAUUGUUUUAGAUAAUAUUGAAGCACAUGAUUGGGCAUUAGCUGUCUCUGAAGUCAUCAUCAUGUUAUUAUUUAAUUUAACAAUAAUUUUAUUAAUAUUUCAUAAACAUCGUUUUAUUGUAUUCCGUCGUUUAUUUUUAAUAUUAUCAUUGUUAUAUUUAAUGCGUUCAAUAACAAUGUAUGUAACUGUUUUACCAAUAUCAUCAAAAACAUAUUAUUGUUCACCAAAAUUAACAACAAUUAAUAAUAAUAAUACAACAACAACCACCACUACAACUGAUAAUAAUAAAACAUUAAUUAUAUUAGAACGUGUUAUACAAUUAAUUAGUGGUUUUGGUUUAAGUAUUAAUGGUAAACAUACAUAUUGUGGUGAUUAUAUUUAUAGUGGGCAUACGGUCUGCUUAGUUUUGAGUUAUUUAUUUAUAAUUGAAUAUUCACCAAAACGUUUUUAUAUAAUACAUUGGUUAACAUUUAUAUUGGCAAUGUGUGGUGUUGUAAUGGUUUUAAUAGCACACGGUCAUUAUACAGUUGAUGUUAUUAUUGCAUAUUAUAUAACAACUAGAUUAUUUUGGUUAUAUCAUACAUUAUGUAAUAAUAUUAUAUUUAAGAAUUCAUCAACAAAUAAUUAUAUUGGUAAAGAAUGGUGGUUCCCAUUAUUUAAAUACUUUGAAUGUAAUGUUGGUGGUGUUGUACCAAGACAAUAUAAUUGGCCAUUACCAUGGCCUAAACGUUGUUUAUCAAAACAUCCACAACGUACUAGCUAACAAACAAUAACAACAACAAUCAUAUAACAACAACAACAACAACAAAAACAAUAUAAUUAUAAACAAGUAAACAAAAAUAUGAAAAAUAUACAACAAAAUGAAAAUUAAAUAAUAUAAUAAUACAAAGUGAUGCCACUACUACUACUACUGAUAAUGAUAAUGAUGCUAAUGUUGUUUUGAUGCUGAUAAUGCUGCUGUUACUGCUACUACUUGCUGAUAAUGCUGAUCAUGAUGUUGAUAUUGAUAUUGAUAUGCUUACAAGACAGACGUAAUGUGAUGUUGUUAUUGUGAUAUCUAUUUAAUUAAAUAACAUACAUACAUACAUACUUACAUACAUAUAUAUUUAUAUUUGAUACA